ACCACCCGCAGCCCACACUGCCGGUGUCAUUCAGUUCGCUUAUACACGCGCGCGCUCGGCCGGCUGGCUCCGCUCUGCUCCCCAGCCAUGCCCGUGGACCUCAGUGGCACCUGGAACAUGGUCAGCAAUGAAAACUUCGAGGACUACAUGCUUGCUCUAGGCAUUGACUUCGCCACACGGAAGAUAGCGAAGAUGGUGAAGCCACAGAAAGUGAUCAGACAAAAUGGCGACAACUUCACUAUCCGUACGCUCAGCACCUUCCGGAACUACCUUGUCCAGUUUAAAGUUGGAGAAGAAUUUGAUGAGGAUACCAAAGGCCUAGAUAACAGAAAAUGCAAGAGUUUGGUCACAUGGGACAAUGAUAGACUCACCUGUGUCCAGAAGGGGGAAAAGAUGAACCGAGGCUGGACCCACUGGAUUGAUGGGGACGAAUUACACCUGGAAAUGUUCUGCGAAGGCCACGUAUGCAAACAGAGAUUCCAGAGAGCCUGAGGGAGGAGGCCAAUGCAGACUGUACAUCCACCCUGAGGAGACCUGUAGCUCCUACUGAGCUGAUGCCAACCAACCUGGCAAUACUUGCAGAGCAGAAGUCUCCCCGCCUACUCUCCUUAUUAACCUUGCCGUAUACUGUCACAACCUCAGUCUGGCCAGGUAUAAUAAACUAUUUUCUAAACAACUUAA